AGCGAGCAGGAAGACGCGUAUAGGAAUCGUGGCGCACGUCCACCACUUGUAAGACGUUGGCUGCUGACUCAAUCUUUAAUUCAGAGAAACCGUGCGAGACUGCCCCAAAAGAGGAAGGCGAUGAUGGUUCACCAGGCCAGCGUGACAGCGCCGGACCACGACCGCUCCUUCGAAGAAGGCUCGCCUGGCGCCACCACUUUGUCGUGCCACAUCGGCGGCUCGCAACGAUCACGAUAAUAAGAUGAGACAUCGCCGCCUCGGAAAUGGUCCUAGCCGACGACGAAUGCCCGAAAGCGGACGGCAUUCGAGUCCAAAAACUGCGGAGAAAACUGCGGGACCUUCGUGAGAGGGCCGUCGCGUCCGGUCUGUCCGACAACGAUGUCUCGGCCGUCGUGGCCGAGGUGGUGGUGGUGAACGACUCCGCGGCGACGGUUUCGCCGGUCAGCGGCGGCUUGCUGCUCAAAUGGGCCUUCAUCGCGGGCACCCUGGCCUACCUCUGCUUCAACCGGGGCCUUCCGGACCUGGCCAACGAUCGUUGUCUCGUGAACCCCGGAGGCCUGUACCUGGAAUUUACGCGACCCGUGCUGCCGUGCGACUUCUGCCGCUCGCCGACCCAAGUGACGGAGUUGACCGAGAUGAGCAAGGAGGAGUUCUUGCGCAUCGGCUACGCGGACAAGCCGAUCGUGCUCAGGGGCGGUGCGGCGCACUGGAGGGCGAUGCAGACGUUCAGCUACGAUUUCCUCCGGGACGUAUACCGCAACACAAGCGGGGCGUUCGAAGAGAGCCGCCGCUUCUGCCAGUUCUUCAAGUCCGCCACCGACUUCGAGGACCUGGAGGACUUCUUCUCCAUGCCGGACUCCCGUGCACGCAUGUCGAGUCCGGAAGAAAAGCCGUGGUACGUGGGAUGGAGCAAUUGUGACCAGAGGGUUGUCGCAAUCCUGAGGGAGCAUUACACUAGACCCGACUUCUUUCCCGAAGAUUCCGAAGCUAGCAUCAUCGACUGGAUAUUUAUUGGAUAUGCGGGAAAUGGAUUCAAGACACACCUGGAUUACGUCCUCCGUCCGUCGUGGCAAGCUCAGAUCCGGGGAGCAAAGACCUGGACCCUGCUGCCACCACCAGAGUGCGAGUCAGUGUGCGUGCCUUCGCUAAAGGUCACCGUCAGGCCCGGUGACAUUAUCAUGGUGAACACUAACCGCUGGUACCACAGCACGCUGGUCGAGCCGGGCAACAUCAGUAUCACAAUCGGAUCAGAGUACGACUGAUGCUCGCCUGAUGCUUUAUGCCCGUGCCACACGGGUGCAAGGAAUUACCACAGCCUCAUGUAAUUUUUUGAUGUCAACCCAGUGAUGCCAAAUCCGGGGGUCACUGAGACGACGGAAAUUUCCCAGCAGUUGGUCACAGUAUAUGGGGUAUGGUUAGAGUCACGUCAACUAUCCCUCAUCACACAUUGCGUGAAAGCCGAGGAGCGGGGCAUGGAGCGGCAGCAGUUCUCAGUAAAAGUUGUCUACGCCCUAGCAAAAGCAGGCCUUAAAUGACUGGGGGUGUGGUGCUGCUGCAGUGGACAACUGGCUACCCAUGCAUUGCACGAGUGACUGCGCAGGCAUUGUAAAAACACAGUGGGCUAUGGAAAUGACAUUAACUGCUAAAUGCCUUAACAUUUAACGGCAUUUGCAUGGUGCCACAUGGACAUGCAUAAUGACAUUAAAUGUUAAUGCUGCUUGCAGCGUGGUACAUUCUCACAACUCAUUUGGCCUUGAAUCCUUACACUCGCUCCCAAUGUUAGCAGUGACGGCUGCACUAGGAAAUGACAUUUGCUGAAGUAAUCUGAAAUAUUGAAUGUAAUAUGUGCCUAUUAAUAAUGUUUUUAGUGGCGUUUCUUUAACUUUUCCUUGCUAAGCACUCAUUUAAAAAUCAUUUUACGAUUGGCAAACCAGCUUUCUGCGUUCACUGCAGCUAUCGUCGUCGCAACGUUUAAUGUAAUUAAAAAUGUGGGCAUAGCAGCAGCUUUAGAUGAUAAUGGCAUUGGGCAACUUUAUUGUCUUUGACUCUUAAUGGGCAUUAAACCUCACCCCUGUGGCAUGGGUAUUAGGCUGGUCAAUGCCAGCCACUGGUAGCACAUCACAGUGGUUGAGCCGUGUGACAUCAGUAGUAUCGCCAUUGGGUCAGAGUGCGACUGAGGCCUGCCUAAUACUUCAAGUGGGCUUGCGCAGCAAGCACGCAGCAGUGGCAUUGUUGUGGCAGCUAGAGAGGUUACCUUGCCAUGAUAGGAACAUCGCAGCUCAAUUUUGAAUUGUUCGCUUGCACCGCAUUUUGGAAAUGCAUUCGUGUGGCCUACUGCAUGGCUGGAGCCCAAGUGAGUUGCUUUAAAUUAGUGCUUGCAAUUAUUCGUCAAAACGGCUAUGUGGUUUAACCGGAGGGAAGUGAAUCUGGUAUAGAAAACCGGUUAUCCGGAUUUUAAGAAAUGAAUAUUCAGGAUUAAAUAACCAGUUAGCCGGAUAUUCGAAUAUUCAGGCACAAAUAUUUGGUGUCGCUACUUUAAAUCCACCAGCAAAGGAUGCCAUCUCACACUUAAUCCAACAGUCAUUUGUCCUUUACCACGGAGUACGAAAAAAAAAAAAAGGAACUGCUGCACUGCAACAUUUUUUGCGAUAGGAAGUGCAUGCCAGCUUAGAGCCAAGUGUAUAUUCAGGACCGCUCCUUUUUCCAUGCACUACUAUGAAUGUAGAAUGCCCGAAUCUGUACGCUAUCUUUGAGCUUAGCACGUGUGCCCCAAUUAAUUUGUCACAAGGUGUCACUGCUGCAUGUUGCUUGAAGAUAAAGUAUAUAAAGGAACAGUAAAGGCAAACAUUGAAUCAAUCUCGACUGCUCGUUUUAUGCAACGAGAUGACUCAGUUGCAGAGAGAAUUGUGACUGUAAGAGACCACGCAAUUCUUCCACAAAUCGAUUUGCCCCAUAACGAACAGGUAGGCUUACGUAAGAAGCCUACGCUGUGCCAGGAAUCUCGGGAACCACGCUUUACCAGGUGCUGCUGGCCUGCCUUGAGUCAAAGGUCCACACAUGGAGGGCGUCACAAUGAUGCAAACGUAGCUGGCACAGCAGUUUUUAAAAAGUAACAAUAGAGGGCUCUUAUGCGAAAAAAAUCCAGUGAAAUUCACUCAAGCUGAAUUUUCACAGUGGUGGCAUCAAUCCUGUUCUACAUUCAUGUCUCUUCUCACCUACAAAAGUUCUAUUCUUGGCAAAAGUUAUGCUUUGGUCACCUUGGAGUAGUAUUAAUAUGUCACCUUAUCUUGACUUUAUGUUUGCCUUUAUUGUCCGUUUAGCUAGACUGAUGCCUUGUGCGCACUAUGAUCCUUGUUGCUUUCAAAUGCAAGUCCCAAGUCUUUCACACAUGUUCGUAGUAAAGACAAUGCUAUUGCUGUAUCGCAAACAUGUAGCAUGCCAAAAUGUUGAAAUGGGUUUCUUGAAGGCCAGUACAGCAUUGUUUCACAAUACAUGCCGACUGCUUGAAGUAAAACAUUCAUGCAUUCCGUGCUUCCGUGAAAUGUGUGAGCUCGUGUGUCCUAGAGCAAUGUGUAGUGCGGUGUGGAGUAGAGAUAGCCAGCAGCCAUUGCAAAGUUUAGUGUACGCAGUGCUACCACAAAAAUGAGUGUUUUUUUCUUUUUGCUGAUGAUUUUUAGCAUAGACAGAUGCUUUCACUUCUGUAGUAGCUGCAAUUAUGGUGACAAGAGCUAUGCCAAAUUCCAGUGGCCUUGACGUAGAGGUGAACUCAUUAUAAUGCUGUUGGAAUAUUCUUUGCUCAGUAUCAUUUAAUGAUAGCGCUUUUUCUAAUGGAAGUCCUUUACCGGUGGUCCGCUCGUCUUCUUGUCGAGUUUCAUUAACAGUUCUUGCGCUCCUAGGCACAUGUUCCAAUGCAACAAGUCACCGGUUAAACCAUGCAUUGUGCCCGAAAUUGUCGGGCUUUGGCAAUAACACAACAUAAAACUAUUUUGUCAUUUCUCUGUGAACUGUUCAGUGCAGUUGAACCUUGUUAUAACAAAGUCGUAUUCAACAUGAAAAUGCAUUCAUCGUAGCUGAUAUGUAUUAUAUCCAUUACAGGCUAACGUCAGCGAGGAAAAUUUUUGGUUUACUUUGUUAUAUCCAAUAAUUUGUUACAUCUGUGUUCGUUAUAUCGAGGUUUGACUGUGUUGGUAUUUUUAUAUCUAGUCCUUUUUGGUACCAAAGUAUCGCACGAUCAAGGGUCGUGCAAGAGCAUAUUACCUGGCAUUUAACAGGUUCACUUGUCAACUGUUUAAAUCUUUGAAGCAGUGUAUUUUCGAAGGCUCAGAAUUUUGUAUGAAUGUUACCAAGGUUUUACGCAUGUGAACGUUAGCGCAUUUAUAAUGCUGUCUUUCUGUCGCCACUUGACAAAGCUUGCCUUGGCUACAAGGGCCACCCAAAUGUGCGACAACCUUGUAUGCCGCUUCCUAGAUUUCAGGUUUCAAGUCGGCAAACCAGUGGCCCAUGAUGUUCUGCGCUCAUUGUUAUUGAAGUGUUUUGGCGUGAUGGCGUUUUAUCAUUUAUGUGCUAACUAUAUAUGCUGCAUGGAUGCAUUUACUAUGUUACUAUAUUGCCAAAAUGUUGGGUACCCUGCUACGCGUGGCCUGCACUCCACGUGUAGCAGUGUUGAGCAAGUUGCUGCUGUUCGUUGUCGUAUCUAGGCUGAUUUAGCACGCUUCCAGUAUACAUUGCUGUAGACAAAGUCCAUUAACAUAACCGGUAAUUGUCACAUGAGGUAUCGUUGUGGGUGGACUGCCUUGUGUACACGUUUUUAUCGCUAUUUUGCUUCUCUCACGCCUAACAUAGCGUCCAAAAAUGCCACUGUGUUAGCUUCGCAGUGCACAAAGUAAGAAAGAAAAGCAAAUAUAAAAGAAAAGCUCAGGAAUAGAUGACAAUAUGCAAGUGCGAAUAUAAAUAAGGCUGAGGUUUGACCUUGCUAUUCUACGGCAGCUGUGUUGUUACGCUUAUUUUACAUUAUUGCCAGUUGCCCCGAAACACAUUUCACAGUUUUUUUUUUUUUUUUGUCUCUGAGGUUCCUUGCUUUGCUUCUAUUCACAAUCAUUGGUGUUUACUAGAAGAACGGGGCGGCAGAGCUGAGAAGGAAAAUUCUGAUCAGUUCAAACUUCGGAAUACAGUUCUACAUGAUACAGACAAAUGAAAGAAAUCAAAUAGGACAAUGCAACGUAUGAUAGUGAACAACAUUAUUUUAUUGAACUGUUAACGCUGUUCACAUUUAUACUUAGUGUGACCAACUGUCACCCAAAGCCAAGACACCGCUCUUGGCACUGUGCCAAGAACGCUGUUGCUCGUAGACGUGUCCAGCCAGGCCGAUAGCCAGGAAUUUUUUUCGGGGGGCAGUUGCUGAAGGCCUUGGCUAUUUGAGGAAAGCACCUAUUUUUCAGUAAUUAUUUUCGGCAAAAAUCGUAGUAUGUAAAUUAUGUGACCUUUUAAAUACUAUUAUAAUCAUAGUUUUAUAUUCCUAAUGGUAUAUUUUUAUAUGGACGACUCGUCGCGAUGGAUUUCAUUAAUAAAAAGAAAACAGCGUUACUCAGCGCAGUAGGACAUGGGCACGGACGAUGCCACUUUCCUGAGCUUAGAAGAGAGACAUUGGCUUGCGUAGUACCACUGCAGUCAUUCCAAGUGGCAUUGUCCUCCAACCCUCAUACUGCAGUCGCAUCACCCUCUCGCGAAAGAAGGGUCAUUGGCCAUUAAUGUGUCAUUGCACUAUAAAUGUGCUCGCCUGUUCUGCAUGGGGAAACUUGCGGUGGCUGCCAUUCCUGGCGAUGAUGGAAGAUAGUAACAUGAGCCAUGACAAUGCGUUUCAGAGCCCCCUUUUAGACGGGUCACAAAUUUCCGAAAGACAAGCCCAAGCAUUUACCAAGCAGAUGUAGCCAGUAACACAAAUGGAAAGAACUUACCGGAACAUUUUUCAGGUGUGACGACUUCCAACUGCGAUGUGAAAUCGCUGCGUUAAUGGUUUGUGAACUUGUUGCCGAAUUUUUGUUGGAGUCUGAUACGUGGCAGUAAUCAAAGUGGUGUAGCUGGAAGCAAAAAUACAAGUUGACUUUCACUGGUUCAAUUUUUAUGUAGUUUAUAUGCUCGAGUGACCCUGAAUGGAAGUGUAUCUUCUUUUUAUACUCUGAAGUUUGCUGUGUUCGCAUGCACUUUUGGGACUUUGUGGCAUUUUAUUUCCAUUAAAAUGCUGCACUUUAGGCAGUAUUGUGUUGACGAUAUAAAGGAUCUGUUUGCUGCAAUGCAGUGGGCACUCAUAAACGUAACUACACAACUAUGUAUUUGCACAAGUGUGUGUGUGCUUUUUGUCGAGAAGUUGUCUCUUGUGAAAUGAAUGUGGUUGGCUGCUAGGUAGACAUGUUACGAUUUAUAUUUUACACUUAGUCUAGGAAAGCUUUGUGGUCCUGUAGGUGCACAAAAAAGUGUGCCGCAAAAGUGCAUGCUGAAGAUGUAGCUCUCGUUACAUGCAUAAGCUCGAGUCGAAUCAUGCUCUCGUAUGUGUUGUGAUGGCACUGUUUCAAGCACUGCAACCUGGCACUGGAUUUUCGUGGUGCGGCAAAGUCUUUUCCAUUUACAACUGCACUUGUUCAUCCGUGGCACUUUGUAUUUUGCGCGCUUUCCGACUGCACACAAACUUUGCGAGCCAUGGGCUCAAGCGUCGGGUGACAAGACUUCAGCAGAGCAGAGUAUGUUUAGGAACGAGCAAUUCACAAAAGCGUACAAUUCAAUUUGUUUAACCAGGAUAGUGGUGCGUUUACUAUUCUUCACCGCAUAAUAAUUCAGGAAAUCGUAUGAAUCUGGAAUACAAGAUUCAGGUGUUGUAUUGUGCCAGAGGGCCAGGUGUGAGCAUUCGAGCAAACUCGUGUCCUCGUUUACAAAUUAUUUGGUUGAAGCAGUAGAGAAGCUGUUGGGGUUCAAGUUGACCAACCUCACCAUGCGUGCAGCGCAAGUGCGACGCCUGUGCCACUUCAGAGCUAUGUCAAAGUAGUCAACGUAAUCAAGUCACUUUAUUUCAUCUCCAAGGGGAGAUAAAAUUAAGUUUGCAUGUCUAGCUGCACUGAGGGCUCUGCUGUUACAGCAAAAAUUUUUGCUCACUUUAGUUUGUAAGUUAGUAAAUGUGCAAAGAAAAUAUGCUAUUACAUUGCAAACUAAAUGCCUCUUACAAGUUGCCAUUAAGCACCGCUACUACUGACAGCCUUUAUAGCAGCAGCAAAACGUUUGGUAAGGUUGGUCUGUAAUAUAGUUGAAAACAUCAAUGCCAAAAAAAGCAAAACGAGGACAGGCAUAAGAAUGACAACUUGCAGCAGUACUUCUCUUUUUCGUGCUACUUCAGUUUUCCCAGUACGACAAACUAGCCCAAAUUACUGCCUUGGUCCAUUGGCUAGCGUUUAUAUUAGCAUAUUGACGUCUCCAGGUUUGUUCCAAAGGUCAUUUACAAUUAUUGGGAGUUAGUACAAUGUUUAGUAGUAGUAAAAUGUUUGACGAGUCAGGAUUUUUGAGCAUUUGCUGGCCCACUGCAGGAUGUAUUUAUCCAAAGGUCAGACACCUUAUUGUCACAUUUGUUUUACUGGUAGAUUUGCUACAUGUUAGAAGCUCAAGUGCAUGUACAUUUGUUUGCUAAAGUGACUGCAAGAGUACAGUCAACCACAAAAGUUUACGGACCAUGGGAUCUCGGAAAACAUUCAACUGUUGAGCAGCCUGCAACAGUAGUCAGGAAAACCAAACAUCACAAUGUUGUUCAUAUAUAUACUGGUAGAGGCUGUAAAUGCGAAUACUAGGCUGCGUUGCGAUGCUUUCGUAGGAUAUUCAGCUUUUGCUCAUAUCUCGUGCUCCAGUAAAACUUCGUGGUUGACUGUUCGUGGUGACAUCCCUAAGGAAUGUCCACUUUGCUGACAACUAUAGAUAAUUACAAGCAAUACUGUUUUCCUGGUGCUACAUUUCUACAAGAAUGACCUCACUUUUUAACGAGGCACUGUUUCAGGGUUUGUCACCGUCCUAUUUACAAGGUGAGAAAAAUAAAAAAAGCAAAUAAAAAGUUCCACAGCAUGUUUUA